CGUGUAUUAUUGUCAGAUAUUAAUGUAUUAACAUUAAAACAUGGUUAUAAUACAAAUUCUAGAAGAUCAGCCCCUGUACCACAGUUAAAAUGUGUUGGUGGAACAGCUGGUUGUAAUAAGUUUAUACCACAAGUUGUACAAUGUUAUAAUAGAGGAUCAGAUGGUAUUGAUGUACAGUGGGAAUGUAAAACUGAUAUGGAUAAUGCCUAUAGAUUUGGUGAAGUAGAAGUAACAUGUGAAGGUUAUGAUUAUCCUGAAGAUAUGUAUGUUUUAAAAGGAUCUUGUGGGGUAAUUAUACUAUUCAAAUAA